ACGCUCAGAUGCCACCCUAGAAUUUUAAUUCUGAGGGAUGGUGCAAUCCUACAUUAACUGUGUUUUAAAUUAUAGACCAAGCCAAAGCUGGGGGGUCGGUAGUUUGUUGCGACUGUGGCGAGCAGUAGUGGAUUGUCUAUAGUUAGAUUGAUAAUUCUUUCUUUUUUAACCUGUUUUUAUUGUCCCCUAGGGAUAAUACGUGGAGAUGGCGUCUAAUGACUAUUCCCAAACUGCAUCUCAAGGCUAUGGUGCAUAUGGAGGCCAGGCUGGUCAAGGCUACAGCCAGCCUGCGUCCCAGGGCUACAGUCAGCAGGGCUAUGGCGGAUACAGUCAGGGCACUGGCAGCAACAGCGCCACCUACAGCCAGGGAGGCUAUGGGUCCAGCUACGGACAGUCGCACUCAGGUGGAUAUGGAUCCCAGACGUCCCCCCAGGGUUACAGCCAGUCCAGCCAGUCCAGCCAGUCCUACGGCUCUGGGGGCUACAGCAGCGGCCAGCCUCCCCAGAACAGCUAUGGCCAGCAGUCGUCCUACAGCGGGUACGGGCAGCAGCCGUCUGCAGCGGCCUCCACUGGCAGCUAUGGCAGUAGCUCCCAGACCUCCGGUUACGGGCAGCCCCAGAGUGGGGGGGGCUAUGGGGGCCCGGCGGGCGGGUACGGGGGAGGGAGCGGUGGCCAGCAGCAGCAGCAGCAGUCCCAGCACGGGGGCGCCCCCUACAGCCAGACCCCCAGCUACAGCUCCCCCCCCCCUCAGAGCUACAGCCAGCAGAGCCCGUACAGCCAGGGUGGUGGAUACGGGCAGGACUCCCCACCAAUGGGCGGCGGUGGCGGCGGAGGAGGCGGAGGAGGCGGUUACGGCGGCCAGGACGGUGAUUACGGCGGCCAGGACCGUGGCGGGCGUGGCCGAGGGGGGGGCGGAUUCGGCGGCCGCGGCGCGGGUGGCUUUGAUCGCGGAGGCCGCGGGGGUCCGAGGGGGCGAGGAGGCAUGGGAAUGGGCGAUCGAGGAGGAUUCAAUAAGUAUGGUGGACCCAGGGACCAAGGCCUCGGCGGACCCAGUGGCAUGGAGGAACAGGAUAACUCCGACAACAACACCAUCUUUGUGCAGGGCCUGGGAGACGGCUACUCGGUUGAGUCAGUCGCAGACUUCUUCAAACAGAUCGGCAUCAUCAAGAUCAAUAAGAAGACUGGCCUGCCCAUGAUCAACCUGUACACGGACCGGGAGACGGGGAAGCUCAAAGGGGAGGCCACCGUUUCCUUCGACGACCCUCCGUCCGCCAAGGCCGCCAUCGACUGGUUUGACGGCAAGGAUUUCAACGGAAACCCCAUCAAGGUGUCCUUCGCCACCCGCAGGGCGGACUUCGGGCGCGGGGGCGGCGGCAUGAGGGGAGGGCGUGGCCGCGGGGGACCAAUGGGCCGUGGUGGUUUUGGAGGGGGCCGAGGCGGAGGGUAUCCCAGCAACAAUGACGGAGGAGGAGGAGGAGGAAGCCAACAGAGGGCCGGAGACUGGAAGUGCUCGAACCCGGUGUGCGGCAACCUCAACUUCUCCUGGAGGAACGAGUGUAACCAGUGUAAAGCCCCCAAACCCGAGGGGGCGGGAGGAGGCACGUCGCCUGUAGGAGGGGGGUACGGAGGUGACCGAGGCCGGGGCGGCUUUGACCGGGGCGGGUUCAGAGGCCGAGGCGGGGACCGGGGUGGUUUCCGGGGGGGCCGAGGCGGAGACCGGGGAGGGUUCGGACCGGGCAAGAUGGACAGCAGGGGUGAACACAGACAGGAUCGCAGAGACCGACCGUACUGAGGUCCACUCCUCCACCCAGGGACCUGUUUUAUUCUCUCCUUCUCUCCUCACCCACCUCCCUAAGUGUUGUCUUUAAGUUGUCACUGAGCUUGUUGGUCUUUGGUGUGGAGAAACGCAGUUCUUUCCCCCCGCUGUAUCACAGCGAAUCUUUUAUUAGCUUGCUUUUCUGAAGCACUCCUGCCAUCUUGUUUUGUUAGGUUUUUUUGUUUGUGUUGGGAAGUAUUGAAAUGUGUUUUAAGAUUAAUUUGAAUUAAAACGAGAAACUCUUGCACUACUCGA